AUGGGCGCUGGAGUCGGGGUGCUGCUGCUGGCGCAGCUGUUGGUGAGGGUCAAACUCGAGAUGCAGGGGUUGCAGGAUCAGAACCAGCUGUUUUCAGGUAAGGCUUUCAAGAAGUCGUCGUGGCUGAAGCAGCCUUGUGGCCGCCGGAACGUCCACUCGCUCAUAGUGGGCGGAAUGGAGUCUGCUCGCGGGCGCUGGCCGUGGCAGGUGAGCCUGCGGCUCCGUCACAAAGGCCACAGAUGCGCGGGGAGCCUGCUCAACCGGCGCUGGGUGCUCUCGGCCGCGCACUGCUUCCGGAAACACAGGGACCCGUCGAAUUGGAUGGCCCAGUUUGGUGAGCUGUCUUCCAGGCCGUCUCUUUGGAACUUGGGGGCCAUCUCCCACCGUUUCAGCGUGCAGGACAUUAUUGUGUACCCUCACUUCAAGGAGUCGUCACUCAACGACAUCGCCUUGCUGAGGCUGACCUCCUCUGUCACCUACAACAAGUACAUCCAGCCCAUCUGUGUUAUGGCCUCCGCCUUCGAAUUCCAGAGCCAGAGUAACUGCUGGGUGACCGGCUGGGGGGACAUCCGUGAGAAUAAAAAGCUGCCAGCUCCCUACAUCCUCCAGGAAGUACGGGUCUCCAUCAUAAACAACUCCCGGUGUAACGACCUGUUCCGACAGCCCAAUUUCUUCUAUAGACUGGCAGAUGAUGUGAUUUGUGCAGGCUCUGAGGAUGGCAAACAUGACGCCUGCGAAGGUGACUCAGGCGGACCCUUGACCUGUGAGAAGAAUGGACUGUGGACUCAGAUUGGAAUCGUGAGCUGGGGAAUAGGCUGUGGUCGGCCCAACCGACCCGGUGUCUACACCAACAUCAGUAGGUACUUCAGCUGGAUCCAGAAGCACACGGCCCACAGCGCACCCAGGCCAGACCCCUUCCCACUACUGCUGCUCCUCCCUCUGCUCUGGGCUGCCCCACUCGUGUAG